UGCUGACCGUCAUACGCCUCGCACCAAAUGCCUCCCCUCUUUCGUAACACUAGCAGCACAAUCUGCUUCUUCUGCCGUUCAAACAUUAAACCUGCGCCGCCGGAUCCACGAUCUUUUCGCUGCCCGCAUUGUGACUGUUGGAAUCGCUACGACGCGAAUGGCGAAAUUAUGUCAGAUGAACCUGCUAUGCACGACGAAUCCCUGAACUCAAAGUCAUUUGCCAAGCGAGCUUCUCCCAGCAAGGACCGCCUGCCAUCCAUGUACGGAAGCGGCCAGUUCUGUCACACGUGCCAGACCAACCAAAUGCUCUUGGUCAACCUUCUUUCAAAUUACCUACCACCACCACAUAAUAUCCGUGAAUCAUUGCAUGUACGAUAUCCUCCGGUGUGUGCCAACUGUAUGCCUGCUGUGGAAGAGGAGAUCCGGAAGAAGGAUCAUAUGGCACGAACGAAGGCUCUGGGUGGAUGGCUAAAUGACAGCAGAGGUAAGGAGAAGCAGAGACAAGUUUCGGGAUCAAGCAGAGAAAGAGAGAAUCUUCAGACCCAUCUAGCUUUGUGGAGAAUAAGAGGGCUUCUUUGGUUUAUGACGUUAGCCGUGGCUGUUGUUGCUCAUUCGUCUGUUGUGUUGAGAUUGCAUUUUCCCGAUGUACUAGGUCAUGUGCGACAUGCUCUUCCACUUGUCACUUUUUGUAGUAUAUUUUGGACCGCCUGGGAUCCAACAUACUACUCCUUCCGGAAGGCGCGAAUACAAGGUCGCGAUCUCCGCGUUCGCGGCAAGAAAAAUUAUAUCAUUCUCCAAAUGACCGCAUGGUUCUCUAGACUGCUCUCAUCUAUUCUUCUCGCGCUUUCAUGGCACUCGCCUUCGCGGGACUACCUGUAUCUCUCGCAAUACCCAGCAUCAUCACGAACUCGUUACUAUUGUCUAACAUCACUCGUCGUCGAAGUGCUCAUCUGUGCUACCUCAUUUGUCGCUCUGCGCGUGCAAAAACCUCCGCCCAUUCGCUUAAUUGAUACUUCUAGCCACCAGCAUCUAGCCACUUCUGCCCGUCCUACUCCUGAGCCUCGCGCAUCACCCGCACCUCACUUGCAUACUGCCAGCGAGCCAGACCUUCUCGCAUCCCUCUCACUCUCAUCAAAUCCCAUAAUCUCCCCCAGCAACCCGAUCUUCGGCCUCCCGUCUCUCAUCGCGUCCAAUUCAACAUACACGUCCUCUCAAAGCAAGGUGGAUGAAGACGAGGACGAAGAUGCUAUGGAUUGGAUGCCCACCGUUCCAUCGCCGGCGAAGCCGAGGAAGAUCCUUAAUGACAAUGAUGACGGUUCGUGGCUCAAGCCACAGCGUUUCUUCCCUCCAGAACGACCGACGGGCUUGGAGUCCUUGUUCGCAAGUACAAAAUUGGACGAUAGAGAUCAGAAGCCUUCGUCUGCUGCACACACCCCUCAUACACGGACUACCCUACUUCCGUUCAUCACGCGCUGGUGGUGGGUGGGUGCCACGUCCUUCAUCCUCGUUCCUUUUGCGGCUUUAGCUUUUAAGUUCUGGCGAGGAAUGGAAAUACCACGAGAAAAUUCGACCUAACCCAAGCUCCGUUGUGUAGAUUACAAUA